UCCAAAUUAAGUCCCAUCAUGCUCAGUUCUUUUCGCGAGUCGUUAGAGGAAACAUCAUAAGCAAGACGAGAUAGCUUUAAUUUUCUUUUUUCGGUGACAUAAAACUGCAACUAUCUCAUUAUCUUUUUUAAUAACUUUAAAUGUGAAAGCAGCAGACUGUGGAAAUAAAUUUUUAAAAUGAAUAUCGUCGAGGUACGAAAUGCUUAUAAAUUUUAUGGAAAGAAGAAAAGCGAUCAUAGGACUGUCCUCAAUCAACUUAACUUGACAGUUUCACCAGGGUCAAUCUAUGGAUUGAUGGGUGCUUCUGGUUGUGGCAAAACAACACUUUUGUCGUGUAUAAUCGGCAUGAUACCUCUGGAAUCUGGUAGAAUUGAUGUUUUUGGAAAAGAGAUAACACAUUUUUCACUCCAAAAAAAUGGAAAGAGAAUUGGGUACAUGCCACAAGAAAUGGCAUUAGUCAGUGACUUGACAGUUAAGGAAACUAUUUAUUAUUUUGGAAAAAUCUUUCAAAUGGACUCUGAUAAACUUAGAGACCGGUAUGAUAUGCUGCAUAAAUUACUUGAGUUACCGCCUGGAGAUCAACUUAUUCAAGAAUGUUCAGGUGGACAACAAAGGAGGGUUUCAUUCGCAUCUUCAAUGAUUCAUGAUCCAGAGUUGUUAAUCCUCGAUGAACCGACUGUUGGCCUAGAUCCAAUUCUAAGAGAAAAGAUUUGGAAUUUCAUUUUAAACAUCACAAGAACAAGCAAGCUAGCAAUCAUCAUUACAACACAUUACAUUGAAGAAGCUAGACUAGCUGAUCGAAUUGGUUUGAUGAGAAAUGGAAUUUUACUAGCUGAAGAUUCACCCUCAAACGUAAUGAAUCGCAUGAAUGUUGAUAAUCUUGAGGAAGCAUUUCUGCGAUUAUGUUUAAGGAAAGGAGUUUCUGAUGAAGUCGAAGACAACACACAAGAAAUCAUAAUCGAAGAUAACAAGAAUAACAAUAAUGAGCUUGAAAUGCAACAAACAAUAACUCACAGAAACUUAAAAGACGACAAAAUUGAUAAUCAUAAGAAAGACGAUGAUGAGGAAGAUUCUAAUAUGAGAUGGAGAUGGCAAAUUAUAUAUGCAAUGAUAAUUAAAAAUAUUCUACAGAUUAAACGACAGCCUGUAGCUAUCGUAUACUUGAUGUUCCUUCCAAUCCUGCAACUUUAUUUAAUUCGUUACUCAAUCGGUCGAAAUCCAGAAGGCUUAAAAAUUGGAAUUGUUGAUGAUGAAAUUCUAAAUCACCAAGAAUGUCAAGUCCCAGGACUAGUUAAUGCAUAUGCAGAGGGAUAUACAUGUGAGGUGAACUUAAUAUCAUGUAGAUUUUUGGAAAAACUCACAGAUGAUGUGGGAGAGAAAGUCUUUUAUACAGCAUUUGAUGAUGCAUUUCGUGACGCUAAACUUGGAAAGCUUUCAGCAAUCAUUUAUUUUGAUGCUAAUUUUACAGAAUCAUAUGAUGAAAUUAAAAGAUAUCCAGAUGAAGCUGGUCCGCAGACGUGGAAGAAUAGUGUGAUUAAAGUCUACAUGGAUCAAACGGAUUUACAGAUACAGACUUUCCUUCAGCGAAGACUUUAUGAUGUUUAUAAAAGCUACUCGGAAAGUAUUCUGUCUGAUUGUAGGCUGCCGACAAAUUUAGAAGGCAUUCCGAUAGUUUUUGAGGAACCUAUUUUUGGGUCACUAAAAUCAGACUUUCAGCCAUCAAUGGUUCCAGCAUUCGUAAUUCUUUCAUUAUUCAACGUUACAGCAAGUCUUACAGUUGCUGCAUUUGUUGCCGAACGUAAGGAAGGAUUUUGGAAUCGAACUUUACUUGCUGGUGUCUCAACGGUUGAAAUGAUGGCUUCACAUAUUGCAAUCAAUUUAGCUGUUCAAUUACUUCAAAUAACUGAAAUGAUGAUUAUGGUUUAUAUCUAUUAUGACUCGCAUCAUUAUGGAUCUUAUGGCCUUAUAGUCAUACUUCUCUUGCUUGUAGGAAUAUCUGGAUUAUUCUUUGGUGUUUACAUAUCAUGUAUAUGCACAGAAAUAAUGCAGUCACAUAUUUUAUUACUUGGAAUUACGCAACCUAUAACUGUAUUAUCUGGAAUGUUUUGGCCUGUCGAAGGAAUGCCUUUGGUUUUAAAGAUAAUUUCUCUAAUUACGCCAACAACAUAUCCAGGCAUAUCAUUACUCAACAUUAUUCAGAAAGGUUAUACACUUGCUGAUAGCUCAGUAUUUUUGGGAUUCAUUGUCUCUUCAUCGUGGGUAAUCUUAUUAAGUUAUUUUGGCUUAAGAACUUUAAGGAAGAAAAAGUUCAGUAGAAAUACAUAAAAUUUACAUUUGAAUAAAGUUUUUAUCAUUAUUAUA